AUGAUGCCCCUUAGUGUCCCUUGAGUGUCUUCUCAGCUCUGCCACUUAACACUCAGUCGUCCCAGUCACACAUCCAUCACUCAAGACUCAUCUCUCCUGUCGCUUGUAUCAUCCACAUCCUCAGCAUCCUUCUCCCAGUCUGAGCCAUCCACCUCUCGUAUCCUUACCAUGGCUACAUCUCAUAUUCUAGUGAUCUGCAGCAUCAUCACUGCCUCUUCCUCCCUCGAGCUGCCAGUCCGCGACGUUCCCACUAUAGCGGAUGCAGAAUUCAGUGUUCUCGACUUCAUCAGGUUAAGUUUCCAGCCGCUACUCAUCACAGACGCCCUUCAGCAGAUCACUCUUGACACUCUAGCGCCCUGGACCUUCCCCGCCUUCCAUUCAAGUAUAGAAGCCGCCACCACCUUCUGCGUCGCCUCCAAGGGAUCUGAGGGGGAAGGAGAAGAUGAGGAGGGUAAAGGAAAUAACGAUGUGCCGAUGUCCUUGAGGAGAUUUAGCAUGGAGGGUUCCGGAGACUCCUCCGGGUGGCAGCACGCCUUCACCACCUUCACGAAGGAGCUGGGGACUUCCGUGACCCUGCCCACAGUGUUGAGGGACGCUGACCUCGCCUUUCUCGACCUAACUAAAACUGGUGUGCGUCACUCUCGCGUGGGCCAAGCAGGGAGAGGCCUAGGUGACAGCGCCGUGGUGGUGUGUGUUGUGGAGGGCGUCCUUUCUUUCUCCCUCACGCCCCUGCCGCCCUCCCUCGCCGCCCUCCAGUGCGUGUCGGGGCAGUGUCAAGUAACCGUGAAGAUGGAACACAAGCAGGACAUCACACCAGAACUCUACCUCCUGACGCAGACCACAGCACACCCCCGAGCCUGUCUGUACAUUCCCCUGGUUGGCAGUGGUCAGCGGCCGCCCUGCACGACUCCACCUUUCUGGUCUGAGGGGACGCGGCGGGAACGAAGGGAAGGGACAAAUACGCUGUGGGAGGCGCUGCCGAAGGGAGCCUCUCCACCUUCCCUGCUGCUGUGGGGAGACCAGAAUCCACUGCUCCACCUGCUGCGGCGCUACCUCCUUUCAGACCGCCACCUCCACCUCGAUUCCUUUCUGGAGGAGUUCCGCAUGGAUCGACUACUACUGCCUGAUUUAGUGGACUGCUCCAGAGAAUGCAUGGCGUCAGCUGCUGCCAUAUUUGCCCUCCUGGAUGCAGACGGGGACGGGGAGUUGACGCCCGCAGACGCCACCCAUCUCACCCACGCUUCCUUCACCGCCCUCACCCACCAGAUGGAUGAUUUCGUGGAUGAACUGAAGGACUUCGCCAGGGACCAGUGGGAGGGCAUGGUGGGGGGCCCAGCAGCACAGCGUUCAGCCUUCCUUCAGCGGGCCAAGGAUCGCCUCACAGCCUCAGCCACAGCCACGGUGCAGCGCUGGAUUGCUGGGGAUCUGGAGGGCGUGGACGUGGAGGCCUUGAAGGAGCAUCUGCCCAGCCUCCACGAGCGUGUGUUUGCCGCCAGGGAGGGCAACUCUCCUGAAGACAAAGAUGAGCUGUAGCUGUGUUGUUCCCCCUUUAUCCUGCCAACACCUCAGAAUUUACACGCAAGGAAGGGAGUCACGUCACCACAGCAAACACCACUACGAUUUAGGAGGAAAAGAAAAGGGAACGAAUCUGGUGACUUUACUUCUGCAUAUGUACAAAAUACAGUGAGCCUGGGAAUCAGAACUCUAUUGGAAAGUUUUAUGUAAUCUAAGUUUUUUUUAAUAAAAUGAAGAAAAGAAAAAAAA